AUGUCAAUAAGAGAUAUGUUUAAUAUAGCAACAAGAGCUUAAGUUUUUGGAAUUGAAGGUUAUGAAGUUCCUCGUAAAUAUAUUGAUCCUAUGAAAUAAAUAUAAGAUCGAGAUUUUUUUGAAAAAAGAGAAAAAAAUAAAUUGCCUACUAAAAAUAAUAAAUAUGUAACUAAAAGAGGUCAUUUUUAAUUAGAUUUGGAAAAAUAAAAAUCAGGAAAGCCUGGUCCUGGCAAAUAUAAUUUGGAUUAUGUAUGGGUAUCAGAAUAGGAUAAAGAAAAGGGAAAAAAAAAACCACAUGAUACUAAAAGAAAUACAUAUAUAGAUUUAAUCAUUCAUGAAUCCGAAAAAAGACCAGUACCAGGAGCUGGUAAAUACAAUUUGAGAAAAACAGAUGAAUAAAUAAAAAAAGAACAAGAUGAUUUAAAAUCUAAAAAAAUACAUUAGAGUGAAAUAGUAGAUUUUCUAUGUGAAUAUUAAUUUUUAAGUGCAACAACUCCGGGCCCAGGUUAAUAUAAUGGAAGACCAGUAACAACAAAACUACAAACUAAUAAAACAAAGCCAAAUGAUUGGAUAAAUAAACAUAAAACUGAAAGUAAAAAAAGGUUAAAAUCAGCUAUGCCUGAUGUAUGUUCUUAUAAUCCGUUUCCAUCUACUUAUAGAAGUUUUGGGAAAUUAAUGUAAUUAAAUAAAGAAGGAACAGAUAAAACUAAAGUUAAUUAUUUUGGAAAGUCUUAAAGGUUUGGUAAUAAUAAAAAAGGGAAAUAAUAUAUAACUCCAGGUCCAGGUUAAUAUUAAUUGUUAGCUAAAUGGCCAGGAAAAGAAGAAGGAAUAAAAAAAGAUAAGACUACGAAAAAUUGGAUGUACAAUUUAACUAAAGGCACACAUGAAGUUAAAUCUAUUUAUUAUUGA